GGAUAAAUGCCACAGAUGAUAAACCUGGUGAAGCUUUCUUCAUUUGGACGGAUCACUCUCUUUCUCCCGGCUUCAAUGAUAAUACUCUAAAUCUGGCUCAGCCAGUUGUCCUGCAAAUUGAUAUGAUGAAAGCACUGCAGGUGUGUUAAAUUCAAUUAAUCUUGCUUUAGCUCUUCAAUAGGAUUUACCAAAAUUCUGAGUGCCAUUAUGCUAACCACACAUAAGUGAUCUUGAUUUUCUAAAAUGGCAAGCACCUUGGAGGAAGGGGGCUUAGGGUCCAGGCCUCCCUCAGAAGAUGGCAGCCGUUUGGGAGGUGGGUUUGAUUUCUUGCUCUACCAGAAAAAGGCUGGUCUGCAGGAUGCUGCGGACCAAGCAGCCAAAGAUGUGGCCAAAGAAGAGGAAAAGGCUGCAGACUCUGGCCCAGUGGAACAAGUCAAGAUGCAGAGAGAAAUCAACCUUGACAAGCGCAGGCCUCCUGGCCCAAUGUACCUCUCAUGGAAACAAAUGGAGGAUGAAGAAUUUGACAGGCUGAAGAAAGCUGGCAUUGGGGACAACCCAUGCAAAGAUGAUUUCUAUUUGCGCAUGAGGCACAGGCUGAUGGAACUGUACAAGAACCACUUGUAUCCCCUGGAAGUUGCUACUCCUUUCAAAGAUUUGUAUGAUGAUCCCCUUGAUGAUGGUGACUUUACAGCCAUGCCAUUCAUUAUGGUCAUUGUACAACCUGGUCUGUACAAGGAAAAGUUUCUUGAGAAAUUCCUUGAUGACGCCUAUGUCAUCAGAGAUCCCAAAAGGCGGUUUGAAGAAGUUGGAGACAGAACUACUGGAGGAUUUGACCAAGAAACGAGUGACAGGUUGGGAGGAGGGUUUGACUUUCUUCUGUACCAGAAAAAGGCUGGUCUCCAAGAUGCUGCUGAUCAAGCAGCCAAAGAAGUUGAAAAGUCAGAAGAAGCUGCUGCAGGACCUGUUGACACAGGUCCUGUCAAAAUAUCUGGUCCCAAAGAAGUCAGGUCAAGACUGGUGGUGUGGAAAGACAAGUUUGUCUUUGUAGUUACCCUGGAUCAAUGCUUUGGAGCUCCUGGCAGCUGCAGGGAUUACAGAGCUGAAGAUGCUGAGAGAGAAAUCAGACUCAAGGAAGAGGCUGAGGAGAAAAAGAAAGAGGAAGAAAGGAAAAAGAAGAAAAAGGAAAUGAAGGAGAAGAAGCAAAAAGCAGAGGAAGCCAAGAAGAAGGCUGAAGCAGCUUUGUAUGACCCUUUUGGCCUUGGCUGGAAAAAGCCAGAUGAUGCACCUGGUGGCAAAGCAGAUGCUGCUGGAAAGAAGGGGGCCAGAAAAAAGGGUGGUUUUGACUUUCUUCUCUUCCAGAAGAAAGCUGGGUUACAGGAAGCUGCUCAAGAAGCAGAGAAGGAGGCCAAUAAGGAUGCAGGAGCUGAUCAACAGCAGGCAACCACCAUGGAAUAUUUGGAUGAUGACGGAUCAGAAGACUUUAUUGAGGUGGAUGAGUUCCUUCCUGGCAGAGAUGUCCUCAAGACUGUUCCCAGGAUAAUGAACUUUGGAGGCAUCAUUUCCAAACUUGGGGCCAGCUUUGUGCAUGACCACCUCAGGGGAUACCAAACUGACAGCUACACCUUGACAAAAUUCAAUUGCCUCAUGUGCCCUGAUGUCCCAGACACCAUAGACACACCUGAGCCUGGUGGCUACUGUUAUGAAGCAGCCAUUAGGUUCUUUGGGAUGAAAGCAGACAGAAUUUUUGUGGUGGCUGACAUGAGGAGGGAUAUGACCAACAAGUUUGCUUCCACCUUGGAAGCUGUCAGGUCUUUCCAUGGAAAAAUAUCUGUCAUUUACAUGUACCCUGAAGAUGUGGGCUUACCAUACCUCAUAGACAGAUACAGCUUUUGCACAUGGAACCUUGCCAAGAUUCUCAAAGACAGGCCUGACCCUCCAAGGUUCUAUGGAAACAUCUUCAGAGAUGCAGCAGGUCUAGACAGAUGUCUCUACCAUGCAGACCAAGAGAUGUACCAUGAACUGUACUAUAUUGACAAGUUUUCCAAUCUCCGCUUGGCCUAUGAGAUUCAGCGCAGGUCAAUGUUGGCUGCCAUUUUGGGCACUCUGCAAAAUGACCUCAAGGCAUCCAUGCCCAAGCUCAGACUGCCCUUCAAAGUCCCAAAAUCCAUCAGGCUGAACAUUCCAGGGAUGAAGGAAUGUCUGACCAUUCCCAUCAUCAACAGGACUGAGAGGGCCAAGAGAGAAGCAUUGUACAGCUUGGAUUACAGGUUUUACAGUUUACAAGAGACUGAAAGGUUGCCAUUGAACUACUUUCCCAAUCCUGAUCAUUUGGCUGAUGUGCUGGUGUACAAGGACUUGGACAAACUUGACUGGAUCAGCAAGGAGUGGAUCCACAAUGCCAGGGGGAUUGCUGAGGAGGACUGUGUGCGCAUCUUGUCGCGCUUGAGAGAAUCCUACCCUUCACAUGUGCUUGACUUUGACCCUGAGUGCUCCAUCAUGUGUGGCAAAGAAGACUUUGGUUAUGUGGUCUCCAAGAGGGACCAGACAUCAUUUGACACUGCAUUUGAUGCCCUUGGGGGGACACCAUACAGGCCCAAUCGCUAUGGUGGAGGCUUUGACUUUCUGCUGUAUCAGAAAAAGGCUGGGUUGCAGGAUGCAGCUGAUCAGGCUGCCAAGGAAGUUGAGCAGGCUGAAGAGGCCCCAGUGGACACUGGCCCUGUGCAAUCUGGGCCAAGACAGAAGGUCAACUACAAGGUCACCACCAGGAAACCUGUCAUUCCUGUGCACCUUUCUGCAAUGCUGGAGGACAUGAUUGACUCUGAGACUGUGAUUGAGGCACUUAUGCCAUUGAAUUUGCCUCCAGGGGCUGUUUGCAGGAUUGCCUACCUUGCUGAUGUGGACAGGGAUGGCAAGUUGGCAAGGGAGGAAUUUUACACAGCAAUGCACUUGGCACUAAGAAAAUUACAUGGUCUGGAACUACCCAUGAAAUUGCCCAUUAGGAUGGAACCAUGUCUCAGGCGCAAGAAAAGAACUGAGACUGCAUAUAGAAGAAUGACUGAACUUGGCGCAGAAGAACUGCCUAAACUGUUCUAUCCUGAAGAACAUCCUCCACCAUUGUGUCCAACCAUUCCACCUCCUCCCCCACCUCCUCCACCAAAAGAAAAACCAAAAUCCAUGUUUCCAGAUUGGGGGUCCAUGUUUGGUCCACCACCUAGAAGGAAGAUCAAACCUGGCACCAUUGAUUCCAUGCUGGAUGGUGGGGACCACAUUUGGCAAUUGUUUGCAUCAGCCAAAAAGAAGUACAGAGAUGUGAGGAUCCAGGAGGACCUGUUGACAUUUGGUGGCUGGAGGGCCACUGGCUCCAUGAGCCACUUUUUCUCUUUCUUGUAAAAGCUCUGUUGUCAUUUAUUCCUUGUGCACCUUGUUCUUUAUUCUCAAUAACAUAAACAAAAGGCCAAAGUCAUAA